AUGGAUAAAAUGAGACAUUUGUAUGCGGCUUUUGUUGCCGUCGCAGUUUCCUGUUUGUUUCUGCAAAAUGUUGCCGCAAAAACAGGGCCAGAACACGGAAAGGUGGUAGUAUGUUACGUGGCGACAUGGGCAGUCUACAGACCCGGAUUAGGGUCCUACGCUUUAGAGGACAUCGAUUCGACCCUGUGCACUCAUUUAAUUUAUUCUUUUGCUGGUCUUAAUGCUACCACGGAUAGUCUCAAAUCUUUGGACCCCUGGCAGGACCUGAAGGACGACUACGGCAAGGGCGGCUACGAGCGCAUCACAGCCCUCCGAGGAAGGGCGCCCCAUCUAAAAGUGUCUCUGGCUGUCGGGGGAUGGACAGAGGGUAGCGAAAAUUACUCGAAAAUGGCAGCUGACCCUGACAGGAGACGAAGGUUCAUACAUAGCGCCCUGGAAUUCAUCAAAAAAUACAAUUUUGAUGGUCUCGAUCUGGAUUGGGAAUUCCCCGGAAAGAGGGGCGGAGCCCCCGAAGACAAACGUAACUUUGUGCUCUUGGUUAAGGAACUAAGAGAAGAGUUCGACAAACGCGGCUACAUCCUGACGGCUGCCUUAGGAGCCUCCAGGGAAACCAUAGACUUGGCAUACGACAUCAAACAACUCAAAGGUUUAUUAGACUUCUUCCACCUAAUGUGCUACGACUACCAUGGAGCAUGGGACGGACGAGUUGGAGGCAACGCUCCAAUCAAAGGAGGUGAUCUGAGCAUCGAGACUACAGUGGAUUACCUUUUGCAAUUGGGUGCACCUCCAGAAAAACUGGUUUUGGGUAUACCGUUCUACGGUAGAACCUUCGUGGUGGAGCAACACUGGGACGCUUUAGACGGUUCUGAAGUGCCUUUGGGGUUGUCUGCAAAGAGUGCUGGUUUUAGGGGUCCUUAUACCAGGGAGGACGGAUUUAUGGGAUACAACGAGGUAAGGAUUAAGAUUUUUCGAAAUAAUAAUAACCGCAAAAGAAAUUUUUAA